UUUAUUUAUUGCAGAAGUACUAUUUCCUGGAUGUGAUUUUAGCCGCAGUUGAGAUGGAGAAAAUCAAAGAGCAAUUUUCCAGGCUCCAGAUAUCAAAACGUGUCGUAACAGAAGACCCAACUUACUUAUUGGACAUAGAUAUUUCGAAAGGAGAAGGGAGCCGUUCCGUAGCUGUUUCCUGUUCCAAUCAAGCGAUCAGAGUUUACAAUGGAGAGACAUUAAGCUUGCUACGGGAAUAUAGUGGCCAUCCAGGAUUACUCAGUGGUGUCCGGUUUGCACAUACUUGCAAAGAUGUCUUGUUUUCAGCUUGCGGUGAUGGAACAGUGAAAUGCUGGGAUGUUCGUUCGUCUUCUGUAGAACCUGUGCAGUUGUUUCGUGGCUAUCCUUCCAACAUCUUUAUUAGCUUUGAUAUAAGCUGCAAUGACCUCAUACUGUGUGCCGGGACAGAGAAAGUGGGAGAAGACACAUUCAUAGUAUUCUGGGAUGCCAGAGGCUGCACGGAUGGCACCUCUUCCAGCAAAACACCGUUGGGGGCUUAUUCCGAAUCCCAUGACGAUGAUAUUACUCAAAUCUGCUUUCAUCCCAGCAAGCCAAACCUCGUCGUUUCAGGUUCAACGGACGGAUUGGUGAACAUGUUCGAUAUCAACAAGGACAAUGAAGAGGAUGCAUUGAUUUCCACCUGCAACUCAGACUCGUCGGUGAGUUGUAUUGGAUGGUCUGGAAAAGAGUACCAGCAGGUUUACUGCAUGACGCACAACGAAGGCUUUUGUUGGUGGGAUCUCAACCAGUUGGAAACUGAAGAGCCAAUUACAUUGUUGCACAUUCCCGAUGCCCGCGAAGUAGUUGGCCUAGAAAACAGUAAACUCGAUUAUUUAAUUGGUGGCUUCUAUCUUGAAAAAGUUGACCAAUUGAUUGUGAUGGGAGGGAUAUCGUCUGGAAAUAUCUACCUCUUGGAAUCCUCUACCGAAGGUUUGAAUUCCGUGGGAGUCCUUCGAGGAGGACACUCUGCGACCGUCCGCUCUUUCCGCUGGAACAUAGACGAUGAUUCCUUAUUGACUGGUGGGGAGGAUGCACACUUGCUGCUUUGGAAACCCGGAGCCGUGGAAAAAGCCAUUGGAAAGAAGUCCUCGAUGAAAAUCAGUUCUUCCGUCCAUCAGCGAGUGAGAGUUCACCAAAAGCAUUUCAAAAGCAAGACAAAAUAAUCGCAAUAAAGACAGAUGAGAGAAA